AUGAAUCAGAAGACGUCUUCAAAUCCGACAACUGUAUCAAAUAUAGACGAUAAACCUGUAUUACAUAAUGACCUACUAAUGGAAUCUACUAGAUCUGAAACAGAACUACCAGCCACGGCUGAGAUGGAAAUAAUUCUUAAUGAAAUUAAACAGAGAGAAAUUCAAACAAUGGCAGAUCACUUACCAUCUUUUUCAAACCUUAUAAAAAAUGCAGUUACUGAAAUAACUUUUUCGACUAUGCCGAUAGUAAGCGAAUCGAAUGUUUCUCCUAACUUAAUUUCCUUCGACGAUAUUGGCAAAAAUAGAUUUAGCUCCACGCUUGACGGUACUCAAGUUCAUAAUUCUAAGUUACGUAAUAUAUUUCGUCGUUCUAUAAAGGAGGAUACUUCCACCUUAGCAAAUGACGUUGAAAAUUUUUUACAAAACAAAUUAAAGAAAGUUUAUAAACAAAUUAAAAAUAAAUUUUCUAAAGAUUUGCGAAAUGAUAUGAAUAAAAAGACCUCCACUGUUAAGAAGCAACUGGAUAAAAAAUUCUCCAAAAAAAUUAAUAUGACGCAACAUACAAAAAACCCAAAAUUUAAUAAUUCAUUUGCUACUAAGUCGAAAAUUGUUAAAAUGCACAAUAAUUCUACACGAAGUGAAGUACGUAAAAGUCGUAAAACAUUAUUAGAUCAACGAAACCAUCAGAUUGAAUCUAUUGAUUCAACACCACAUACCAUACCAUCGAUAGGGGAUGAUGUUUCAAUGCUUGCUGUUCUUGAGAACAUAAUAGAAAAGUCACAGCAUGAUAAUGAGGUAAUUUUGAAUACAUUGAGUUAUGGUACGGAAAAGCACAAACAAGAAAAAUCUAAAAGAGAUUCUCCACGUGGAACUUUAAAAAGGGACAUUCAUCAAGAAUUAAACAACAAAGAAGAUGGUUUGUAUACAGAGUAUGCUCAUUGGGAAAGCAACAAAAAUAAUACCAGAAAACUUUCUGAAAUCUCGAAAAAUGAUAAAAGAAACAAUGAGAUCAGCACGGAAGAUACAAGUUAUCAAGGUCUAAGUAAUAAGAUCUCCUACAAUGAUUAUGUAAAUGGCUACAAAUACUAUUUAAACUUUCAAAGAGAUAAUGACGAUCAGAAAUAUUCUAGUCAAAUACGUUAUCAGGCUCACAAGCAUCACAAUGUUGAUGACAUAGGAAAGUUUAUCUUGGAUAAAAUUCCACACUUACCAGCAACUAGAAUGCGGAGAUAUCUUGUUGAUUAUGAAACUAUGGAAGAUCAAGAUGUGUCUACUAAAAGUGAAGAGUCUUGGUUUAAGAAACAUUUUUUUAUGUUCAUAGAUUCAAACCCACCUAAGAAAUUUCAUACAUCACAAAUUGUACCACUCAAACCUUCUGAAGUACAUAAUAUGAGAUAUGAUAACGCCGUCUUAAGUACAAAGCAAACAUUUGAAAAAAAUGAAUCGUCACUACCAAUACAGCAACGUAAAAGUAAAUUCGUAAAAAGAUUUGAUUACAAUUGUUUAAAAGUAAACAAGAAGAAAACUAAUGAUAUUGCUAUUGAACAGAUAGGUACAACAACUGAGAGUUUAUUUCACAGUCGUGAGAUGAAUACUAUUUCUUAUGCAUUUUCAACAGCCAUGACUAAAAAUAAUAUACAAAAUGAAGUAGAUGAGAUGGCACUAAGAUUAUCGAAGUUUAGCAAAAACAAAGAAAUACAAAAAACCACCGGUGUAGGAAAAGAAUUAGAAAAAAAGAAAGAAUCUUUUAAUUACGACGAUUUUCAAAUGCCCGAGAAAAACUCAUUCACACCUACUCCCAUUGACUUCACAGCCUAUGAAUAUGACAACAGCUCGUAUUAUCAAGAAAACAAAAAUUAUGGUAAAAAUAAACAAUAUAAAUUGGAGCCAAUUCCAGAUGAUCUGAUAACCCUGGCGUAUGAUGAAAGCAUUACUGAUUUACAGGAAAACAAAAAUUUUGUUAAAAAGAAGAAUAAAUACGAGCGGACUCUAAAAGACUUGAUAACGUUUGUCUAUGAGAAAAGUGAUAAUAAUGAAGUCAACAAUUUUGGUAUAAAGAAGAAAAAAGUCAGGACAACUUUUAAGGAUCAGGCAACGUUUGAAUACGAUGAAGGCUUUAACAAUUUGGAAAAAGAGAAACCUUCUGAUCAACAGCCGUACACAUUUAGACCAACUAGUGAUCUGAGUAUGUCGGCAUACGAUAAAAACUUUACGACUUUAGAAAAAAACAAAAAUAUUGUUCGUCAUUUCAAUGAUAACAAAGAUGUUAAUAUAAAAAGACCGGUGACAAAAGUAAAUACGCCUCCAAAACAGUAUUACAGUACUCCUAUACCCAUGAAAAAUGCAGACUUCAAUAAAUUUUUAAAAAAUCUGGAUAUAGAUGUAGAGUCUGUCACAGCGCCACUUUCCGACCCCUUACCUGAACGUAUUGAUGCUUGGGAUCUUUUCGAACAAAAUGUUACAGGAUUAAUAAAUAAACAACAAAAAAUAUUAAAAAAUUAUGAACGCUUCAAAUCGAAAGACAAAAAUAAGAAAAUUUUGGAUCGUCCGCUUGUUUACGGCCAUAUUUACCCAAAUUCAGAAAAAAUGAAUAUUAACAAUAGUAAAGUAAAGUCUUCACCACCUCCUUUGAAAAGUCAAAAACAAUUGGGUGAAGACAAGAAGAGUAAUAAAAAUUCUCAAAAAAGACUCGAUAGAACAAAAAAUGAAAAAAAUAUUAUGAACGACGAGAGAUUAUUCAAGCUAAAGAAAACUUCUAUGGUUUUUGCAACGUCUGAAUCUUUGGACUUAUUCCAAUUGAACGACCCAAAGAAACAACCAAUUAAUUCGAAUAAAAUCGGAAAUUUUGAUGUGACACUCAAUAAUUGUAGAAAAUCAAUUUUAGGCAUGCAUAAUUCACUUUUAAUGAAAAAUUUGGAUGACCCUAAUAAUCUGCAACUGGUUACAAUGAAAUCAAAAACAUCAAAUAAGAAUGAUUCCAACUCCAGGGACAUGAAUAACUAUCGAGAUCGGCUUCCAUUUACUCACAUGCCUGCUAAAAAUAUUACAACAAAAGCGGAGAAUAAUCAAUUAUAUAAAUUUAUAAACCAGAAAAAAAAGUUGUCCCAAACAAUACCAAGAAGAGUACAAAUAAGUGGUCAUAGUUAUAAGUAUGACAUAAUCUAUCAAACACCAAUGAAUUAUUGGAUGCAGGAUUUGGAUGCAUUUCUUAUAAACGUUAAGGAAGAAAACUACACUCCUUUGGAACCACUGAGUACUAACUAUACACUUACUCCGACUGGUAAAGUAUUGAAAAGUAAUUUAAGUACAGCAACCAAAAAGUUUAAAAAGUACUUUUACUUUGCCUUAAAAGAACCAAAAAAUAUGGAUGACGUGGUUUACUUUGAACCUCUUCUUCGACGUCAAAUUAACAGAAAAAAAGAAGAGAAACCUACUUGCAAAAAUAAGAUUCAAAAGCGCGGUAUACAAUCUAAAAAUACAUUCACCGCUAAAGGUGUAGCUGCUCUUGAAGUUGUUGUAGAUUUAGUUAAAAGUACAGAAACUUUAAAUAGUAAGGAAUUACGCAACGCUUCACCUGAUAUGGAAGAAAAUAAAAAUGUUCCAUAUAUUUUAACUGCUUCUAAGACAGACAAUCAUGCAACCAAUUCAAUACAAGUUCACAUUGCAUUACCCAAUAAUUUGAACGAUAGAAAAAGGUCCUUGGAACCUAUUAAAGUAAGAAAAGUUUUUUCAGCUGUUAUGUCUACCCCUGUAGACUUGGAAUAUCAAAUUCGUACGUUUGAAGACGAUAAUGUUACUAAAAUGUCUCAGGAUGUUAUUUCACCAGGCUUAUAUUUAUUGGUUGAAAAUACCAAUAUAACUUCACCUAAUCUCAAUUUUGCUCUUAAACCAAUAAGAAAUAUAGGAAUUUCAAAUCUGCUUUCAUUUGAAAACAACACAUGUAAAAAUUAUAUUAAAACUUUGAGUAACGGUAAUGUAAGUAAAGCUACUAUAAAUCCUGAUAUUAUAACUACUGUUUAUAGCCAACUAGUAAAGCUGGAUGAAAAUAUACCUGUCGCGAACGAAACCAAAUCUAAACGUUAUAUAAAAGAUAUAGACUACAAUAAAAUAAAAAGAGGCAUAAGUUGGGAUAAGAUGAAAAGGUAUUUUGAUCAUGAAAGAGUUUGCAAUUGUCGUUGCAAAAUUAAUACAACCAUGUGCAAGCCAUGUGCUGCUAGUGACGCAGUCAUUAGUGAAUUAACAUUUGAAUUUGAUAACCUAGUUAACUAUGUGACUGACCAUUGUACUGAAAUUCAAACGUUUUUCUGGAUGAAUCCCACUGGAGGAAGAAAACUAAAAGAUAGUGUUCAUAGGCUGGAUACAACAUUAAAUAACUAUUACAAAAGACUACACGAUAAAUGUCGAGAUGCAAACGGACAUCGAGAGUACCACAGCCUCGCCGCAGACAUGGAUCCAAAUAGUGUUAAUGUGGUGUUGCUCUGCUCCGCUGGUUUCUACUUGGUAGUCGGACAGAAGAUAUGUGCUGUUUGUCCGCCCAACACGUUUUCUUUGGAAGGUGAAAACGUUUGCAGAAACUGUCCCCAGGGAUCGAGCUCUGAACCCGGCUCCCGAUCAUGUCGCCUUUCAUUGCACUCAAGGAAAUACAGGUGUCCAUGGAAAUAUGAAUGCGGUGCAGCGGUUUGCAUGCUCUCAUGUGUGAUUGCUUGUUGUUACACUGUUUUACGUCUAUUGAGGCAACCAGUUUCCGCAAAAGAAAUAAAAACUAACAGGAAAACUAGACAAGAUUCUCAAGAGACCCGAUUUGAACUGUGGAAAGAGAAAAACACACUUCCGCCUCUACCCCCUAUUGACUUUGAAUUGUAA